AUCAGCCAAUACCUAUCUGUUCACAGAUCUGUGCGGUUAUGGACAAUCACUGUAUGGGUUUAAAUGCGCAGAGUGAUGACGUGGAGUGCCCAUUGCUCAAACUACCUGGGGAACUGCGAAAUCGAAUCUACGCCUACACUGUAGAGGAGAGCACUAUCCCGCUCACGUAUGACAUGGAGUGGCAGCCUGCAUGGACGCGCACCUGCAUAAGGCGACGACAAUUCUUAGGUCUAACGCAAGUCUGCCGUCAGAUACGAUUUGAAUUCCUCCCACUUUAUAAGACCCACACAAAAGUUGCACCGAACACCUGGGAUAUAUACAAAUACAUCGACACGUGGGUAGCGCCUGGCACCAGCGACGAGAACGUCUUAGGGCACGUAAUCCUCGACUUCAUGGAUGAUGAUCGAGGGGAAUUAGGAAUCCUCGACAUCAAGCCUUUGUUGCAGCUUGCAAGAAGAGCCGAGGGUUUUCACGUGGAAAUCGUCGAUGUCACUGAACCGAACGACUGCAACUCCCCUACUAUGCGUAGCAUAGAAGAGACACUGGCUGACCUGUACGACAUUCAGGACAUGGACAUGUUCUAUGAAUAUAUGGACGAAGCAAUGACUGCACUGGUAGUACGUGCCAGUGAAGAGAGUGGUGUCGAAAUCAUCUUCGAGCUGAGCCCCCAGUAUUGGGAGGAUUGGAUGGGCGAGUGGAGCAAGCCGGACCAUGAUCCUAACUACAGGAUCCCUCUCGAGCUAGAGGAUACUGUCGUGGAGUGGGGGCGGCAGUGUGGGAUGGAGCUUGAUCGAGCUACGGGGAGCCAUCUGACUGUCAACUACCGACCUGGGGAAGUGGACUCGGAUGAAUCAUGUUAG